ACCACAUAUUACACUAAAUAUCAAGAAUAUCAAUCGAAUCAACCACAGUGCUCGCUGCACGAGCUGAUUAGCUUAAGGAAUAAGCUAAUACGGUACACCAAUCACCACCCGCAUAUCUGCCAUCUGUCAGUCCUUUUUUACUACGCACAACCAGGUGAAGCGUAACAGCGUUCCCUGCGAUCCACUUGACUGACCCCACAAUCGUCCUCCGAACCAUCUAGCACAAUCAAGCAAAAACAACAGCAGACGCCCCGGUGGGUUGUCUGUCCAGCCAGACAAAUGGGCGAUACACCUUCAAUCUCCACGUCGCUAGACGGCGCACUCUCCCUUCCGACCUCGCUGCUAAGUAUUAGUAGUGCGGUGUCGGGCAACGAUAACCCCUCUUUAUCCUCUUCGUCUCUUCUUUCUGCCACGACGGCGUCGACAAUGGCCCUGCGAACACUCCCCGCUGUUCCUCCGCCAGUCGAAACUGCAAUGCCCGGUGCUUUGGGUCAGGUGUUGGUUUUUGUGUUGCAUACUAUCCCCAGUAUAUUGUUUUGGGUGAUUGGGUUUGCGACUAUUACGAUUCCGACGUGGUUGUUUACGUUGUUUUCGAUGAGUUUGACCUUCACCAUGAAUUUUACUACUCUAAUGGUCAUUUUCGCCGCCUUCAUGUCUACCGUGAUAUGGUUCAUUCGCUACCGAUACCUAAACAUGUACAGCCGUCUUCCCCCCGAACCGCAACGCAAAGAACCCCAAAUCGAUUUAUUCCCAGACACCCAGGAAGGAGACUCGAAACCGGGAUUGGCGAAUUAUCUGGAUGAGUUUCUGAGCGCAAUCAAGGUGUUUGGGUAUUUGGAGAGACCCGUGUUCCAUGAAUUGACGCGGACGAUGCAAACAAGAAAGUUAAUGGCCGGGGAGACCUUGUUGUUGGAGGAAGAAAAAGGGUUUUGUCUGGUGGUUGAUGGGUUGGUGCAGAUUUUUGUCAAGUCGAUUCGUGGGAAUGAAUCCAAUCCGCAUGCGAGUACGUUUGGGAUGGAGGAUACGGAUGAUGAAGAGUUACAUCGGAUGGAUGGGAAUCAGGGAUAUCAAUUGCUGACUGAGGUGAAGAAUGGGGCGUCAAUGUCGUCGUUGUUUUCGAUAUUGACGUUGUUUACGGAAGAUGUUCAUCUACGUCAGGGUAGUGAUGAUAGUACGAGGAAUGUUUCUGAAAAGUCGUUAAUCCCUCCUUCUAUCCCUGGAAGUCCGGGGGGUUUUGUACCUGGUCCUCAGCUGGGCUCUCCGCCUGCUGACCAUACAGCAGAUGGAUUAGGAGUUGCACCUCUGCCGACGGUCCCACCCUUGGAUUUGGAGGACAGCGCUGAACAGACCAAAACCGCCGCCACAAGUACUGCUGAUCAGUCGCCUCAGACCCCAGCGCCGUCGUCACAACCUCAAGGUCGGCGUCACGCGAAUAAAAAUAAAUCAGUACAUCCCGACAUUGUUGCGAGAGCAAUGGUCGAUACCACCAUUGCAAUCAUCCCAGCGAGCGCAUUCCGGCGUUUGACGAGAAUGUAUCCACGAGCUACGGCGCACAUUGUUCAAGUCAUUCUAACGCGGUUGCAAAGAGUGACUUUCUCUACUGCGCACUCCUAUCUGGGCUUGGAUACCGAGGUGCUCAGCAUUGACCGACAGCUCAAUAAGUUUACGGCACAUGACUUGCCGAAUGAUCUGCGCGGCAGAGCGCUGGAAAGAUUAAAAGAUAAAUUCAGACAAGAACGGGAACGUCUCGGACCCAAAGAUGAUUCCAAGGGGAUUGCUCUACACAAUCCCCAAGCGCACCGAAGACGUCGAUCAAGCAGUUCAUUGAGAAAAGAUGCUGCUCUGCAGACCAAGAUAGCUGCCUCGAGAAGACAUUUGUCCAUGUCUAAUGAAAAUUUCCUGUCUUCUAAUAUUACGCACGCGAGUAGUGGCACUAGUCCUGGAGAUUUGUUGUCGACGAUUCAACUUAAUCGGUACGGAAACAGGUCUGAUAUUGGACAUAGACCACCUUCACAAGGCCAGGGUACGCCGUUUGCUGAGGUCACAAGUCCGCUAGCUCAGGUUGAGCAUUCGCCGUUUCGAGGUGGUUCGAUGCAUAUGGCUACUUCUCCAUUCUUGCGAAGAGAAGCUGUGGACGAAGAUAGUAUUUUCCGCGAAUCGGUGGUUGAAUGCAUGAUGAAAGGGAUCGGAUUGACGUCCAGCACGCGCGAUGCUCUUCAAAAGACUUACUCUGGUGAACAAUCACCCAAGCUGGUGUCAUAUGACUCGAGAAGACAAAAGGCCGUGUUCAAUAACGCAUUUGGGUUCAUGGAUCCUUUCGACGACGCGGAGUCUGAAUCUAUGAUGUCCAUGUCCGUGACGAGCGCCGGCGGAACUUCACCCGUCCAUAAUCUUCGCGAAGAAUUACGAAGCGAAAUUGAAAUCGUCUCUUUCCCCCAGGGAUCCGUCCUCGUAGAACAAGGCGAACGAAACCCAGGAUUGUAUUACGUGAUUGACGGUUUCUUGGAUGUCGGUGUCCCCGUCAACGAUCGUGGGGAUGACCUUGUCGGUACAUCCAAGGAAUCCGAUGAGAGUUUCCCAACGUUGAAACGUACAACGACUAGUUCUUCGCGCGUAUCUCAUGCAGACCCUAAGCGGCGGAAAUAUCCUCGACGGUCGCUGUAUUUGAUCAAACCGGGUGGUAUGCAGGGGUAUGUUGGAUCUGUGGCGUCGUAUCGCUCAUUCACAGAUGUAGUGGCCAAGACGGAUGUUUAUGUUGGAUUCCUACCGCGUGCGACUCUCGAACGGAUUGCAGAGCGGUAUCCCAUUGUAUUAUUGACUCUCGCCAAAAGACUGACAAGUGUCUUGCCUCGCUUAAUUCUGCAUAUCGAUUUUGCGCUAGAAUGGGUACAAGUAAACGCCGGCCAAGUCAUUCACCACCAAGGCGAUGACAGCGAUGCCAUCUACAUCGUCCUCAACGGUCGACUACGCUCCGUCCUAGAAGGCAAAGGAGGCAAAAUCAGAGUCCUAGGAGAAUACGGCCAAGGCGAAAGUGUCGGCGAACUUGAAGUCAUGACAGAGUCUACUCGACCCGCAACACUUCACGCGAUUCGUGAUACUGAACUAGCAAAAUUUCCGCGCUCGCUGUUCAACAGUCUGGCUCAGGAACAUCCCGGUAUUACGAUUCAGAUCUCGAAAUUGAUUGCGCAACGAAUGAGGGAUCUUGUCUAUAAUCCUUUGGUGACUGAUUCGUCUAUUCCUCGUGAUAUUAGUACAGCGAAUACGGCUACGUCGACGGUGAAUAUGCGUACUGUUGCAAUUCUGCCGGUGACAAUGGGCGUACCGGUCGUCGAAUUCGGGAAUCGAUUAAUGAAUGCGUUUACUCAAAUCGGAGUGACCAACGGAGUUACCUCGUUGAACCAAGCAGCUAUUUUGAACCAUCUCGGUCGACAUGCAUUUAGCAAAAUGGGCAAACUCAAACUCGCGCAGUAUCUGGCGGAUUUGGAAGAAAAGUACGGCAUGGUGCUAUAUAUUGCGGAUACAAAUGUCAAUUCACCAUGGACACAGACGUGUAUUACUCAAGCCGAUUGUAUACUUCUAGUGGGACUGGCAGAAGGAUCGCCUAGUAUUGGCGAAUAUGAACGGUUCUUACUUGGUAUGAAGACCACUGCGCGCAAAGAACUUGUCUUGCUACAUGCCGAACGAUACUGUCGACCGGGGUUGACGCGACGAUGGUUAAAGAAUCGGAUGUGGAUUAACGGCGGCCAUCAUCAUGUUCAAAUGUCGUAUCGUCUAACUACUGAACCGGCAAAUCCGCGGACCAAACGGUUUGGGACUGCGCUCAAACAACGUGUACAGGUUAUACAAGCCGAAAUUCAAAAGUACACGUCUCGCCGUAUUCACCAGACUCCAUUAUACUCGCAACAAACCCCCUUCAAAGGUGAUUUCCACCGUCUAGCGCGUCGAUUGUGUGGAAAAUCAGUUGGUCUCGUCCUCGGCGGAGGAGGUGCACGGGGUAUCGCACACGUUGGGGUUAUAAAAGCUAUCGAAGAAGCCGGUAUCCCUAUCGACAUUGUCGGCGGUACAUCCAUCGGCUCAUUCAUCGGCGCUCUAUACGCCCGUGACGCCGACGUCGUACCCAUGUACGGCCGAGCCAAGAAAUUCGCCGGUCGAAUGGGCAGUAUCUGGCGCUUCGCAUUAGACCUCACCUACCCGGCCGUAUCAUACACAACAGGCCACGAAUUCAACCGGGGUAUCUUCAAAACCUUUGGCGACAGCCAAAUCGAAGAUUUCUGGCUCGAAUUUUACUGCAACACAACCAACAUCAGUAAAUCGCGGAAUGAGUUCCAUUCUUCAGGCUAUGUAUGGCGAUACGUACGUGCCUCCAUGUCUCUGGCCGGUUUACUCCCUCCACUCUGCGAUGAAGGUUGUUUAUUGCUGGAUGGCGGCUACGUCGAUAAUCUCACAGUAGCACACAUGAAAAGUCUAGGAGCAGACAUAAUCCUCGCCGUGGACGUAGGUAGUCUAGACGACAACACGCCCCAAGAUUACGGCGACACCCUUUCCGGGUUUUGGACAUUCGCAAAUCGCUGGAAUCCCUUUUCGUCUACCCCGAACCCCAUCACACUCAGCGAAAUUCAGGCACGAUUAGCAUAUGUAAGUUCAGUGGAUAGUCUCGAAAGAGCGAAAAAUAUGCCGGGAUGUUUGUAUAUGAGACCGCCCAUUGAUCCAUACGGGACAUUGGAGUUUGGGAAAUUCGAUGAGAUUUAUGAGGUGGGUUAUAGCUAUGGGAAGAGAUUUUUGGAUAAGUUGAGGGCUGAGGGAUCGUUGCCGGUUUUGGAGGAGUCGACGGAGGAGAAGAAGUUGAGGAGGACUAUGGCGCCCAGGAGGGCUAGUGUUUGAUUUAUUCUUUGGAAGUUUGCAAGUUUAGCAUAUAUAGCGUUGCAUUGAGGUGCAUGGUGUUUGGGAAGAACCGUUUGAAGCAUUGAAGGCGUUCAUUUUUGUUGUUUAUUUGUACAUACAUAUACAUAGACUAUACAUUCUAUGAAUACAGGAUCAUUCAUCG